UCUUAGCUAACACAACACAGCAUACACAACUUCUCUCUCUCUACUACUUUCUUUUUAUGUCACCUUCUUGAUGUCUUUAAUUUGUUUUCUUUUUUAGAAAAAAAUUAAUCCUUUUUAAGGCUUUAAUUUCCUAAGCAUGCAAUAUUAUUGUUUUUAGUCACCUUCAAGUUGAGGAACAUAUACACGUUUGUGACCACACCAAAUUCCACUUCUUUCUAAGUGUGUGUACAUAGAUUUUGUUUUAUAUAUAUUUGAGGUUCACCCUUCAUUGCCUCCUUAAUUCUGUGCAAAAGAGGAUUCAUCACCACCAUGUUGCAGGAUGUUGUCCACCCCUCAACACCGGCUGAGCAACUCCCCAUUGAUGAGAUUUCAGGCCCGAUUAGUGCUCGAAUUUUCGAACUUUGCGACCCCGAUUUCUUCCCACACACACUGCAAAAUUCUGAGGUUACCUCCAGCUCAAAUUGUUGCCAUGAAGAGAAGUCCUCAUAUGCCACAACCAUAUCUCCACCUUUAGAUGUAGUAGACAACAAUAAGUUCAAUAUCAAUAGCAAUAGCAGCAACAUAGUCACCACUACCUCAUCUAGCACUACCACAACCAGCACCACAACCAACAACAACAACAACAACAACAACAACAACAACAACGCAACGAACGGCAAUAAUCUUUCUAUCUUCUUUGACACUCAAGAUGAAAUUGACAAUGACAUCUCAGCCUCCAUAGACUUCUCAUCAUCUCCAUCUUUUGUCGUUCCACCACUUCUCCCAAUCUCAACUCAGCAGGAUCAGUUUGAUUUCCCUUCAGCUCAGCCACAGGUGCAACUAUCAACAGCAGCAGGUUCAAUUUUGACGGGCCUCUCUCACUACCCUACAGAUCCUGUGAUUGCACCCCUUAUUGGAGCUCCGUUACCAUCUGUUUUUGAUGAUGAUUGCAUAUCUUCCAUCCCUUCUUAUGUGCCUCUCAACCCUUCAUCACCCUCUUGCUCUUAUCUCAGUCCUGGCAUAGGAGUGUACAUGCCACCUCCUGGUUCCCUUAACACUGCCUUAUCUGCUGACAGUUCUGGAUUGUUUGGUGGGAACAUUCUACUGGGGUCUGAACUGCAGGCACAUGAAUUGGACUACCAGGGAGAAAAUGGUGGAAUGUAUUGUACAGAUUCAAUUCAAAGGGUGUUUAACUCCCCAGACCUUCAGGCACUUGGUAAUGAGAGUCAGAAACUUGUAGCUGGGGCUGGAAGCUCUGCCACUUUGGCACCAGAAAUCUCACACUUGGAGGACUCUACCUUGAAGGUUGGAAAACUCUCUGUUGAGCAGAGGAAGGAAAAGAUUCAUAGAUACAUGAAGAAGAGAAACGAAAGAAAUUUCAGCAAGAAAAUCAAGUAUGCUUGCCGCAAAACUUUGGCGGAUAGCCGGCCCCGGGUUAGAGGAAGGUUUGCAAAGAAUGAUGACUUUGGAGAGAGCCAUAAACAAGGAAGUAGCAAUCAUGAAGAUGAUGAUGAAGAGAUAAUUGUGAAAGAAGAUGAUGAUAUGGUUGAUUCCUCAGAUAUCUUUGCACAUAUCAGCGGAGUGAACUCUUUCAAAUGCAACUAUUCCAUCCAGUCCUUGAUUUGAAUUAAAUUAUUAGUUUGACUAGUGAAAGCUUAUUUAUAUAAUUAGCUUCUGUAGAUUAAUUUUGGUAGGACACUUUUCCCAUCCCGGUUCUCUAAAAUCCGGGUUUAGUGGUUUGAGUAAACUGAAUAAAUGGGGUCAAAAUAAAUAUACCAAUAAGUUAAGUGAGUUAGAAACGUACAGAAAUUGGAAACUGUAUACAUUUUUGCAGAUAUAUAUUAUCUUUUUCAUUAAGUUGUACCAGAACAUGGAGUUGUGUUAACCAAGAAAAUUUCCAGUUACCCCCAUCCAAGACUGAUGUAACCAAUUGAUGUAGCUUCUUUUAUAAAUAUUUAGGAACUUGCUUUUAA